AUGAAGAAGAAAAAUCCUACAAAAGCCGACCUUAAGUUGCCUCACCAUUGUAGCGAGAUUAUUCAAAGGGAGAGAGCCGUGAAGCAAAGAGAUCUCGGCCAGUUCAUUAUUAGGUGCUCGAUUGGAGAAGGGAAAGUGGACAAGGCCCUUUGCGAUCUAGGGGCUAGCAUCAACAUCAUUCCACUGAAAUACUUUGAAAAUUUCAACAUCGGACCACUCAAGACGUCGGAUGUGAUCAUAAGGUUGGCCGACAACUCGGCAAUCAAAACAGUGGGCAUGAUUGAGGAUGUCUUGGUAAAGGUAGAUGAUUUCAUCUUCCCUGCAGACUUCAUUAUUCUUGACAUAAAAGUAGAUAAGAAUGUACCUCUAAUCCUAGGCAGAGAUUUUCUAGCCACAUGCAAAGCUCUUAUUGAUGUAGGUAGAGGCGAGAUCACAAUUAGUGACAACUACAGUCGCUCCACUUACAACAUAGAGAGCGAAAUGCUUAAGUAUGAAGAGGCGCAACAAGCCAAGAUAGAGCACGAAUGUAGGGCGGUCAUGAUGACCGACACGUCUAAGCCUUUUAGGCCAUUAGAAGGUAAAGAUCUUUCUAACCCUUCUAUUUUUAUUGUUAAUCCUCUUCCUCAAGCUCCCAAAAAGAGCAAGCCUAAACAUGCUAAACCUCCCUUGCAGGAGAAGCCUAAGAAGAAGAAGAAGGACAAGUAG